AUGCACAAGUCCCGAGAGGGUUGGCAUUGGACACCGGAUACCGGCCUCCAAGCUGGCAUCCCGUCCAUCGCAGUGAUAGAGCCGUCGCAGCUGAUUCGAAAUUCCAAAGACAUAUUUGACGUUAUUGUCAUCGGCGCAGGUUAUACAGGGCUUACAGCAGCUAGAGAUACAUCAACCACUGGCUUGAAGACACUGUUGCUGGAAGGACGAGAUAGAAUUGGCGGCCGAACCUGGUCUUCCGAGAUUGAUGGGUAUCCUUACGAAAUGGGAGGCACAUGGGUACACUGGUUCCAGCCACAUGUGUAUCGCGAGUUGUCGAGAUAUGGUAUGAAAGACCAUCUUGUCCAUUCCACUGACUACACCAAAAAGCACAACUUCUUCACUCUCAGAACUUCAGCUGGUGCUAGGAACAUGAGUCACGAAGAAGAGGAUGAACUAUUCGCUCGAGCCGUUGGGAAAUUCGUCAACGUCGAUGGUGACUUCGGAAAGACUGUGAUGCCAUUUCCCUUCAGUGCAUACUCGAACGAAGAUGUGUUCAAAUAUGCAAAUCUGUCUGUGGCAGACAGAAUUGCCCAAAUCAGCCAUGACCUUUCCAGCGACGAGCGGCAUGCUGUUGAAGCCUUUGUGCUUCUUUGUAGUGGCGGAACGACAGAAAAUUCAGCAUUUCUUGAUUUUCUCCGAUGGUGGGCAGCAGCGAAUUACGACUACAAAACGCUACUGGACACUAUUAUUGUUUUCAAGCUCAAAUGCGGCCAAUCUGGCUUUGCAAAGCGCUUUUUCGAGGAGGCGCUGGCGAGCGGGAAUCUGUCAUACUCUUUCAGCAACCCUGUUGCUCACAUCGACUCUUCAAAGGGACUGGUACAAAUGCGAACGAAAGACGGCCAAUAUUUCUCUGCUAAAAAGGUUAUAUGCACAGCACCGCUGAAUGUACUAGAGGAGAUCGAGUUCAACCCACCUUUGGACCGCGCCAAACGCGAGGCUGCCAGCUUGAAGCAUGUCAAUCAAUGCGUCAAGGUCCACGCAGAGAUUAGAGAUCCAGAAAUGAGGUCUUGGAGUGGCGUCACCUACCCUGAUAAUAAACUUGUCAUUGGGGUGGCGGAUGGCACAACGCCUGCCGGAAAGACUCAUUGCGUCUUUUUCGGAUGUGAUGCAAAUCACAUGCAUGCAGAUGAGGACAUUGAUCAGACUCUUCAAGCGAUCCAAGAGUUUGCCCCCAUGGAAAUUGACCGGUUGGUAUUCCACAAUUGGUCCAAGGAUGAAUUCGCCAAAGGAGCAUGGGUAUGGUACAGGCCGGGUAUGGAGGUGCAAUAUCUCGAGGCUCUCAGGAAGCGUCAAGGGCCCGUCCUGUUUGCCAACUCGGAUUGGGCUGCUGGAGGAUGGCGGAGCUUCAUUGAUGGCGCCAUUCAAUCCGGAACCGAGGCCGCGUUGACUGUCCGUCAAGAGUUGAUGCCCAUUUUGAGAACAAGCCGUCUGUAA